CCAGCAGUGGGUGUGUGGGGACUUUUAUCCCAGACGUCCACCUAGGGAUCUCACAACCAGGCAGAGUGAGGGAAAGGAACGUCUGUCUCUUCUCGCUGGAACCAUGUCAGCGGCCUUGGAGAAGUACUGCGGCUCUGUCUUUUGGAAUGCCUCAUUCCUUGCUCAAGAGGAUGCUGACCUGCCAGUCUGCUUCCAGCAGACCGUGCUGGUCUGGAUCCCCAUCGGCUUCUUCUGGAUUUUCGCUCCCUGGCAGCUUAUGCCCAUGUGCAAAUCCAAAGCCAAGAAAUCAUCUCUGACCAAACUCUACAUCACCAAACAGGUGCUGGCUGCACUGCUGAUGCUGACAGCAGUGGCGGAGUUGGCACUGGCGUUUGUAGGAAACGUGAGGCAGGACCAGCCGCCGCCUGUCCAGUACACAAACCCCAGCCUGUACAUUGCCACCUGGCUCCUGGUCCUGCUGAUCCAUGAUGCACGGCGCUUCUACUUGCGCAGAGACUCGGGAGUACUUUUCUGCUUCUGGAUCCUGUCCCUGCUCUGUGGGAUAUUCCCAUUCCAGUCACUCAUCCGGAAAGCACUGCAGGCCCCGAUCUCCGAUGUGCCACGGUUUGUCCUUUUCUUCAUCUCCUAUGGGCUUCAGCUGCUACUUUUCCUUGUAUCGAGCUUCUCAGACAUCGCCUCAGAAGCAAAGGAAACCACGAAAAAGAACCCAGAGGUCACAGCCUCCUUCCUGAGCUCCCUCACCUUCGAGUGGUACACCAGCAUGGUUCUCAAGGGCCAUCGAAAGCCCUUGGAGAUGGAAGAUCUCUGGGACUUGAAAGAUAAAGACAAGACAAAGACUAUUUCUGUCAAAAUGGAGAAGAAUAUGAAGACCCUGAUAAAGAAGGCCAAAGCAGAAAUGGAGAAACGGAAACGCAAGAAGAGACUCCGGGAAAGUGACCCAGACCAUGGGAACAGGAUGAGCAAGGCCCAGAGCCAAGACAUCCUGGUGCUGGAGGAGAAGCAGACGAAGGGAAAGAGGAAGGGGGCCAAAGGGGACUCUGGCCCUGGCAAGGAUUUCCCUAAGGGCUGGUUGCUGAAAACUCUGUUUAAGACCUUCUGGCAGAACCUCCUGCUGUCGGUGGCUUUCAAGCUGGUGCAUGAUGGACUGGUGUUUGUCAGCCCCCAGCUGCUGAAGCUGCUGAUCAGCUUUGUGUCAGAUGCGGACGCAUUUGCCUGGCAAGGAUACCUCUACGCCAUCCUGCUCUUCCUGGCAGCGCUGGUUCAGUCCAUCUGCCUGCAGCAGCACUUCCACUUGUGCUUCCAACUUGGCGUAUCUGUGCGUGCUAGUCUCACAGCUGCCAUCUACAAGAAGGCACUCACCAUAUCCAGCACCACUCGCAAAGAGUCCACAGUGGGAGAGACUGUGAAUUUGAUGUCUGCCGAUGCCCAGAGGUUCAUGGACAUGGCCAACUUCGUUCACCAGCUCUGGUCAUCGCCCCUGCAAAUUGUCCUCGCCACUAUUUUCUUGUGGCUGGAGCUGGGCCCCUCUGUCCUUGCUGGUAUUGGAGUCAUGGUGCUGCUCAUCCCUAUAAAUGGGUUCCUGGCCACCAAGGCCAAAAGCAUCCAGGUGAGGAACAUGAAGAACAAGGAUGAACGCAUGAAAAUAAUGAGUGAAAUCCUCAGUGGAAUCAAGAUCCUGAAGCUUUUUGCCUGGGAGCCCUCAUUUGAGAAGCGAAUCAAGGAGAUCCGAGCACGUGAACUCAGGGACUUGCGGAAUUUUUCUUACCUGCAGUCAGUCUCCGUCUUCGUCUUCAACUCUGCCCCCUUCCUGGUCUCCCUGGCCAGCUUUGCUGUCUACGUACUGGUGGAUGAGAACAAUAUCUUGGAUGCACAGAAGGCGUUUACUGCCAUCUCCCUCUUCAAUGUGCUACGCUUCCCUAUGACAAUGCUGCCUAUGGUCAUCUCUACCUUGGUGCAGACCAAUGUGUCCACUGAGCGACUGGAGCGGUACCUGGCCGGAGAAGACCUGGACACCUCAGCUAUUCACCAUGAUCCCAUUGCAGGCAAUGCUGUGCGUUUCUCAGAGGCCACAUUUGCCUGGGAGCAGGAUGGCAAUGCUGUGAUAAGAGAUGUCACCCUGGACAUCAAACCUGGGAGCCUGGUGGCUGUGGUGGGGGCUGUGGGCUCAGGCAAAUCUUCGCUGGUGUCAGCCAUGCUGGGAGAGAUGGAGAAUAUCAAGGGACACGUCAAUAUCCAGGGCUCCCUGGCCUACGUCCCCCAGCAGGCCUGGAUCCAGAAUGCCACGCUGAAAGACAACAUCCUUUUUGGAUCAGAACUGGACGAAGCCAGGUAUCAACAGGUCAUCAAGGCCUGUGCCCUCCUUCCUGACCUGGAACUGCUCCCUGCAGGUGACCAGACAGAGAUUGGAGAGAAGGGCAUUAACCUGAGUGGCGGUCAGAAGCAGCGAGUCAGCCUGGCCCGGGCAGUGUACAGCAACGCAGACAUCUACCUGCUGGAUGACCCCCUCUCUGCUGUGGAUGCACAUGUUGGCAAAUAUCUUUUUGACCAUGUGCUGGGGCCAAAAGGGCUGCUGCAAAAGAAGACACGGAUCUUGGUGACGCACAGUAUCAGUUUCCUGCCGCAGGUCGAUAACAUUGUGGUGCUGGUGGCAGGAGCAGUGUCUGAGCACGGCUCCUACAGCAGCCUGCUUGCGAACAGGGGGGCCUUCGCCCAGUUCCUGAACUCCUAUGGUGUCCAGGAGAUGGAUACUUCAGAAGAAAAGGCUGCAGCUGUUGCUUUAGUUGAGGAUGCAGAGCAGAGUGAUGAAGACACUGAGCCCUGUGUGGAGGAGGGGCCUGAUGAUGUGGUGACCAUGACAAUGAAGCGAGAGGCCAGCAUCCGGCAGAGAGAGUUCAGUCGCAGCCUCAGCAGAAGGAGCACCAGGUCCUUCCAGGAGGCCCAGAAGGAGGCCCCCAAGAAGCUGAAGGGCCAGCAACUGAUUGAGAAAGAGGCUGUGGAAACUGGCAAGGUGAAGCUCUCCAUGUAUGUGCGAUACCUGCGUGCUGUCGGCUGGGGGUUUUCUUUCUUCGUUACCAUGGGCUACCUCACAGAAUACGUUGCCUAUGUGGGGACCAACCUGUGGCUCAGCGCCUGGACUGAUGAUGCGCAGCUCUACUUGAACCAGACCUACCCUCCAGCGCAGCGAGACCUGCGAAUUGGUGUCUUUGGGGCACUGGGGGUAGCACAAGCUGUCUUCCUAUUCGCUGCAACUAUCCUGUCUGCCCAUGGUGCUGUGCAGGCCUCCCGGGUUAUGCACCAGCAGCUGCUCAACAACAUCCUGCACGCGCCCAUGAGCUUCUUUGACACAACCCCAACUGGCCGCAUUGUGAAUAGGUUUGCCAAGGACAUCUUCACAGUAGACGAGACCAUCCCCAUGUCCUUCCGCAGCUGGCUGUCCUGUUUCAUGGCCAUCAUCAGCACAUUGCUCAUGAUCUCCCUCGCCACCCCAUUUUUCACCCUUGUUAUCAUUCCCUUGGGCAUCUUCUACUAUUUUGUGCUGCGCUUCUAUGUCUCCACGUCACGCCAGCUACGGCGUCUGGACUCUGUUACCAGGUCUCCUAUCUACUCCCAUUUCGGUGAGACAGUAUCAGGCCUGUCUGUGAUCCGGGCAUAUGGACACCAGGAGCGGUUCCUGCAGCAGAAUGAGAGCACUGUGGACAUCAACCAGAAAAGUGUUUAUUCCUGGAUAGUCUCCAAUAGGUGGCUGGCCAUCCGUCUGGAGUUUGUUGGGAGCCUAGUGGUCUUCUUUUCUGCGCUUCUAGCCGUGAUUUCAAAGGGCACUUUGGAGGGUGGCAUUGUUGGUCUUUCCGUCUCCUCUGCCCUCAAUGUGACCCAGACACUGAACUGGCUGGUGCGGAUGUCAUCAGAGCUGGAAACAAACAUUGUGGCUGUAGAGCGGAUACAUGAGUACACGAAGGUGAAGAAUGAGGCUCCAUGGGUGACAGAGAAGCGCCCACCCCAUGGCUGGCCCAGCAAAGGUGAGAUCCAGUUCGUUGACUAUCAAGUUCGUUACCGACCUGAACUGGAGCUGGUUCUUCAGGGGAUCACCUGCGAUAUUGGGAGCACUGAGAAGGUUGGGGUUGUGGGCCGGACUGGGGCUGGGAAAUCCUCCCUCACCAACUGCCUCUUCCGGGUGCUGGAGGCUGCUGGAGGGACAAUCUUCAUCGAUGGCUUGGAUAUUGCGACGAUUGGCCUCCAUGACCUGCGCCAGAACCUCACUAUCAUCCCCCAGGACCCCGUGCUCUUCACCGGGACCCUGCGGAUGAACCUGGACCCCUUUGACCAGUAUCCAGACAAGGAGGUCUGGAAGGCCCUUGAGCUCGCCCACCUGAAGCCAUUUGUGCAAGACCUGCCAGAGGGGCUGUUUCAUCCUGUGAGUGAGGGAGGAGAGAACCUGAGUGUCGGGCAGAGGCAGCUUGUGUGCCUGGCCCGGGCCCUUCUCCGCAAAGCCAAGAUCCUCAUCCUGGAUGAGGCAACAGCAGCUGUGGAUCUGGAAACUGAUCAGUUAAUCCAGACAACGAUCCGGAGUGAGUUUGCUGACUGCACUGUCCUUACCAUCGCCCACCGCCUCCACACCAUCAUGGACAGCAACAGGGUGAUGGUGCUGCAGGCAGGGAGGAUUGUGGAAUACGACAGCCCCGAGGAGCUGCUUCAGAAACAGGGCAUCUUCUCUGCAAUGGCAAAGGAUGCUGGCAUUAUAAGUGCGCAAACCACCGCCCUGUAGCUGGAGUGGAGUAACGUGUGGUGUGCAGUCACACGGCUCCCUCUUGCUGGGACUCACAGAGCAGGUGCCUGGAUCUCCCUGCAAGUGGCCUGCCCAGGAAUUUGUCUCUGCAGCUGGGAAGCGAAGGGGAGAAGAUGGCUUUCCUGGCUGUCAGGGACAGAGGAUACAGACCUGAGUGAACUGUUAACCUUGCUACUACACCCUGCCUGCCAUGCAUGAGGGCCUGCAGCUGUUUAAUUUAUUCCAGUACAGAGAGGAGAGUCAUUCGUCAGAUGGAGAGACUGUAGCCGCCUUGGGAUCUUAGUUUUUGUACCAGGCUAGGGCAACCUAGCUGAGACAUACUGUAGCACUAUGGAAUGAAAUUUACAGUUUAAUCAAGGA